GAUCAAUGACCAAUCCUUACGCAGAGCGCCAAGUUUCUCACAGCGGAGUAAACAUGGCGGAGAAGAACGAAGACAUUGGAUUCAAAAAGGACACAAUAAGCAAACUCUUGUCAAGCUUCUUUAAGGAGGACAAAACCAGACUGAGUGGGGAUGCUGUGCUGCUCGUGGCAGAGAUGCUCAAAGUAUUUGUCCGAGAGGCUGCUGUGAGAUCACAGAAACAAGCUGCUUCUGAGGACUGUGACCAAGUGGACAUCGAGCACUUUGAAAAGAUCCUGCCUCAGCUGCUGAUGGACUUCUAGCACGGUGAUGCCACAAGAUGGAGCCAGAGUGUUGCCUGCUUGUUCCUGUUUAAAUCCAACAACUUCAAUUCUACAUGUUUAUUUUUCUUUGUACGACUGCAAUUUCAUAAUUACUCAAAUCUGAGAUUACAUCAAGAUUUUCAUUCUGUAUGUAUUUGAGUCGAGUGAUUUUACAUAGAAAGCAGCGUGUACUGUGCACACCCUUUCAUGCCACCACCAAUAAGACCCACCUGUGCUCCUCUGCAACAACAGGUGCUUCCAGCAUGCUCCAUAGUGCCCUUCAUCAAAGCCUCCCGGAGCAGUUGGAAGCAAUUAGAGUAAUAAGGGGAGCAGCCAGUCCCUUAGAUGAUGACAAGUGCCAGGAAAAAAGGAGUACCCCCUCCGGCCACUUUGAAGUUCCCUUUUGCUGUCCUGCGAUGUUUAGUUAGAGGUGGGGGGAAGGGCAAAGGGGACCUCUGGCACAGGGGGAAAGUUGAAUGGGAGUGUGCGUGCACGAAUGUGUGCGUGCUAGCUAAACAUGGCCAGAGACCACACGCAUAGAUAUUCUGUUUGAAAGGAAACAUAACAAAACACAUUGGAACAUGGUCCAAGAGGAGCAGGGUGUAAUUCUGAAGGUAAAUAAACAAAGAGGCAAGUAGUAGAGGUGCUUUCUCUCCUUUCACCACAGCAGAGGGGGGAGUCAGGCCUACAAGGGAGAGGGUAAUGUGGGCUUUUCUAACCCAAGGGCCUCAGAUGGUUUUCCACCCGUGGUGUAUUUGACCAACAUGUCUUCACUAUGAGUCAGCAUAGCUGUACAACACCUCACACUAUUUAUUUGUGUGGCUCUUGAGUGAGUCACUACGCUUACAAACAUGGCUCACAUACAGCUGGAAGCAACUCCGGCUCAAGUCAAGAGUCCAGGCUCCGAUAGGUGCUCAAGGACACUGCACCUGGAGUUUGACCCAGCACCUUUUUAGUAGGGCCCGGACUGGAUUUGUGUUAGGAGAAACUUCCACAGCAGGCCUUCAUGAAGGUGUGUUAGGCCGAGUUAAGUUUAUUUUAAUGAUGCCAUGAGCGCAAAAAAAACAGUAGAAAAAUAAUUUGUUGGGUUUAUAACUACAUUCAUUCACAGCAGCAGGUACAGUUUGGCACAAUAUACAAAUGCAGAUCCACCGCUUUGACAACACGCUCACCCAGAUGACUAUUUAUUAGGAAGUAUGACACCAAAUGAUCUUACUGGAACAACUGCAUUUCCACUUAACCACAGUAAGCAAUACAAGUACAAGAUGUGUCGCUAUAAGCCUUUCUGGAGCAUUUUAGAGAUGAAAUAUAAAUAUCAAUCCUUGUAGAUUAAAUAAAAACUGAUUCUAUUGGAUCUACGGCUCGGAAAAACAUCUAUUUCAUGUUGAUUUCCUGAUAUGAGAAUAAAUAUCCUCUUACAUUUGGAUAUAUUCAUAAAGCAUAGUAAAUGGAUGUCAUUUUCAGAUUUUUCCAGACAGUUAUUUGCUUUUACCAAAUUAGCCAUUAUAUCCACAUAACUAAAGACUAUAACAAAUGUAAUUGUUUAAAUAUUUUGUGAAAGCACCAACAGUAAACCUUCCAAUAUGGUUGUAAUAUUAAAAUUGAAGUAUUUGAUCAGAAAUAUGACAUUGAAUUUUCUCCAUAUUACCCAGGUGGAUCCGUCAUCUCUCUUAUCCACAAUACAGGUUGUUGGAACGUCUUAGUCUUGGUAAAUGAAGGGCACUACUGUAUAACUCUUCUCCUUAUGCAUCUUAGUGGAACAAAUUACAACUGAAAGCAGUAUUAUUAAACAUACGAAAGCAGUUAGGACAAGAAUGGGGAGGGGCAUUGAAGAGAGUAAUGAGUUAAAGAUUUUUCUUGAUCAUACAUUAAAGGCAGGGAGUGUCGACAGCCAGUCCAGACGCUUUGGAGAAGCUCGAGUGAGAAGUGUUUCCCAGGAGAAGCACACUGAUCUGUCUCCAUCUGUCUUCUGGCUUUUCUUUGGACAGCACUGCGCAUGGGACAAUGAGGAUAUCGCUUGAAGACAUCUGCCUUAUUGUAGCCAAUAAUAUCAAUACUGAUUUUAUAGAAGCAUCAUUGACUGGCAGGAUUGUUCUUGAUGAUAAACUAAAAUGGGAAUACUUGUCAUAUGUAGGUUUUUAAUCCAUGAAAAAAAAAUGCAAUUGGAUGUAGUUGCAGUAAUCAAGGUUAAGGGUGAUGCUUGUCUGGGGUGGAGUUGUCUGCAUCUGUUCUUGAGAGUCCUUUAAGUGAUGGUUAUGUCAGAUUUCACUCCUUAAUUCCCGACUCAUUCGUCUGUGGUUCUUAUUUUCUAUUAGAGUGACACAGCUUCUCCCAAAUAUCUAACUUUCUGCCAUGUAAAGGCUCCUAUCUUUUCUGGCCCAAACUCAAGUCCUGUUUAUGUUGAGUGAUCAUAAUGGCUGUAAAAACAUGCACAUGAGCUACAUUUAGGAUCGAAGGCUUAUGCUAUAAAAGUCAGGGAAAUAAAAACAAGAUAUUCUGUCACGCAAGCAAGAAUAAUUAAAUGAAAGACAGGAUAUGACAUGAAAUCUCCAACUGACAAAUACGAUCAUCAGGCGCCAUUUGUGUAAUUUAUACCCCAAACAUUUUAAUUACAUUUGUUUUUGAGUAUUUCUAUAAUAAAUAUCUGAUGGCA